AUGAAUUCAUGGACACAGCAAAAGGGUUACCCGGUUAUUUCUAUCAAAGUCAAAGAUCAGAAUUCAUGGACACAGCAAAAGGGUUUCCUUUUUGGUUCCCAAGGCGAUGGUCAAUGGAUUGUGCCGAUAACAUUAUGCUGUGGCUCAUAUGAUAUAAGUUAUAAGCUGGCAAAAAUUGCAGGUGAUGCUGUGCCCGAGCAACUCAACUUUGGAGAGGUAGACUUCAUGUAA